GAGUUUAAACCGGUAAACAUUCCGUGUCCUAUCGCAAUCAGACCAGGGUUUGUUAACUUUACAUCGAUUAGGUAAACAUAAAGGUGUUUCAUACACUACAUAAAUAUUCUGCCUGAAAGGACUGAAAUUCGGUCAAAGUUUGAAUGUGCGUAAACUUACAGGAGUACUAAUAACACGUCACGCGAGUCGGAAAGCGAGAAGGAAACAAGACCGGAAAGAGAAUCAACCACACAAUACCACUCUGGCCUAAAGAAGACAUAGGCAUGGAUAAAGGGACCCUUGCAAACCAUGGAAACAAGAUGCCCAUGUGGAUGGUGAUUUGGUUUUAUGCAACCGCCAUCAUUUGUACCAUCGACGCCAGCUUCAUUGUCCUUCGACCGCACACGUUGCCAGGAGGAUCCCUGCACUAUCUUUUCUUUUUCUGUAUGUGGGCUGUUUCGUUACGUUAAGCGUAAGCGAAUUGCUAAACUGAACACCAGAAUGACAAGCAAAAUUAAAAAUAAAUAUUACAUCCACACGGACCAGAGGUACAACAACGUAUCGGAUUCAUACGUAUACACGCAAAGUCUAAUGAACUACGCAGAAGUCCUUUUAAACAUAGUGACUCUGUUCUAUCACUACCGGAAAUCAAACCUUACCAAGCCUCUUGCGUUCACCGUAUCCGUGAUGACGUUUUGGAAGACGGUUUUGUAUAUAGCCAUGUUCUACGAGCUCGCGGGAGGCAAGGAUUACCGGAUCGGCAAUACUCUUCUCGAGGAGGUGCUGUUGGUGCUGAUUCCAAACGGGAUUUGGCUUCUUCUUCCGGGAAUGUGUAUUGUAAAACUUUUGCGAGACAUGUUAUGUAAUCGAACAGAUGAAACGGUUCGUCUGAAAGUUCAAUAAAUAGUGGGUCUGUAAGAGAUGUUUGCGGUAGAGUAAAGCGUACAAAGAAGUGCCCAUAAUAUUCAUAGUGUCAAUUAGAUAAAAUUUGAUAAAAUUACCUCAAUGAUUGUCGACAUUUUGCCAAUUAAUUUAUCUGAGGUAGUCAACGUUUUUGUUUACAAACCUGUUUGUGCCAAAUGAAGUAUCAAUAAUAAAUAUAUGGAAAACAGUCAUACUGCGACAACUAUUAUGGUAAUCAUUUACAUGUCCUUUUGUUUGCAGAAAGAGACAAAAAACUAAACUCAAAAUAGUCCUAACUUGCAUCUUUUAUUCCAUUACUGCAAUCGUAUAAAGCCAUUUAAUUAUGUUUAUUGAUUGUGUGUUUAUUUGUUUGUUGUACUGUUAACAUUGUUUAUAUUCUAUAUUUUACUAUAAUAAAACCCAAACUACCCAAA